GCCGAUUGCCGGGCUGAUGCGCUGCGCUGCCCCCGAAACUACCUCCAACCGCCGCGCUCAUUAUUUUCCUGGAAGGGAGGGGGCCUGUCGCUUUGUCUUACUUUGUGAGCCAGCCGGGUGUCUAUUUUGGCCAUAUGGUUGGCCUGCCAGCUAUCUACCGCGAUCGGGGGCGGCGGUGCCGACAGUUCUAAGGGUAAUCGCCGGACGUGGCUCACCGGCUGGGCAGCGGGCGACGUGUACGAGUACGAGUACGGGUACAGCAGGCGAGCCGCGGAUCGGCAGCAGCUGGUUUGUAUGAAAGCAGGGAAGCAGUGAAGGACAGCAGUGCCUUCCAGCAUGCCGCCCCCCGCCGACAUCGUGAAGGUGGCUAUCGAGUGGCCGGGGGCUUUCCCUCGUCUCAUGGAGAUAGACCAGAAAAAGCCCCUCUCGGCCAUCAUUAAAGAAGUUUGUGAAGGCUGGUCCUUGGGGAACCAUGAAAAUUAUGCUCUACAGAACGCAGACUCCACUAAUUUCUACAUUACUGAAAAGAAUCGCAACGAGAUCAAAAAUGGUUCGAUUCUGAGGCUGACUACGUCCCCUGCCCAGACGUCACAGCAGCUCCACGAGCGCAUCCAGUCGUCCAGCAUGGACGCCAAACUGGAGGCCCUGAAAGACCUGGCCAAUGCGUCGCGCGACAUCACCUUCGCCCAGGAGUUCAUCAACCUGGACGGCAUCUCCCUGCUCACCCAGAUGGUGGAGAGCGGCACCGAACGGUAUCAGAAACUUCAGAAGAUAAUGAAGCCCUGCUUCGGGGACUUGCUGUCAUUCACCUUGACGGCGUUCGUCGAGCUGAUGGACCACGGCAUUGUCUCCUGGGACACUUUCUCGGUGCCCUUUAUCAAAAAGAUUGCAAGUUAUGUGAAUAAGUCUGCCAUGGACACAGCUGUGCUCCAGCGGUCUCUGGCCAUUUUGGAGUCCAUGGUGUUGAACAGUCAAGAUCUUUACCAGAAGGUGGCGCAAGAGAUCACUAUCGGGCAGCUCAUACCACACCUUCAAGGAACUGAGCAGGACAUUCAGACGUACACCAUUGCUGUAAUUAAUGCCUUGUUUCUCAAGGCCCCAGAGGAGAAACGACAGCUUGAUGACAAUGUCAACAUCCUCGAUUGUCCCCUGACAGAAAUGGCCCACAUCUUGGCCCAGAAACAGUUACGCAACAUCAUUCUCACCAACGUUAUUCGGAGCACCAAGCCGAUCAACGAGGAGAUGGCCCACCAGCUCUAUGUCCACCAGGUGCUCACCUUCAACCUUCUGGAGGACAGAAUGAUGACUAAGAUGGACCCUCAAGACCAGGCCCAGAGGGACAUUAUAUUUGAGCUGCGUCGGAUCGCCUUUGAUGUGGAGUGUGAGCCGAACAACAGUGGCAGCAUCGAGAAGCGGAAGUCCAUGUACACCAGGGACUACAAAAAGCUCGGCUUCAUUAAUCAUGUGAACCCGGCCAUCGACUUCACACAGAUCCCCCCAGGAAUGCUGGCUCUGGACAACAUGCUGUACUUCGCCAAACACCAUCAGGACGCCUAUGUCCGGAUCGUCCUAGAGAACAGCAGCCGGGAGGACAAGCAUGAGUGCCCGUUUGGCCGGAGCAGCAUCGAGCUCACCAAAAUGCUGUGCGAGAUCCUCAAGGUCGGAGAGCUGCCCAGCGAGAAUUGCCGCGACUUCCAUCCCAUGUUCUUCACCCAUGACCGCGCCUUUGAGGAAUUCUUCUGCAUCUGCAUUCAGCUGCUCAACAAGACCUGGAAGGAGAUGAGAGCAACUUCUGAGGACUUCAACAAGGUGAUGCAGGUGGUGAGGGAACAGAUCAUGCGAGCUCUUACCGCCAAGCCUAACUCCCUGGACCAGUUCAAAAGUCGCCUGCAGAACCUGAGCUACACAGAGAUCCUGAAGAUCCGUCAGUCCGAGAGAAUGAACCAAGAAGACUUUCAGUCCCGCCCCAUCCUGGAGCUGCGGGAGAAGAUCCAGCCGGAGAUCAUGGAGCUCAUCAAACAGCAGAGACUCAACCGGCUGUGUGAAGGAACCUGCUUCAGAAAGAUCAGCUGUCGGAGGCGCCAAGACAAGUUCUGGUACUGCCGCCUGUCGCCAAACCACAAAGUCCUGCACUAUGGCGACCUGGAGGAGCACCCCCAAGGAGAGGUGCCCCAUGACUCCCUGCAAGACAAGCUGCCCGUGGCCGACAUCAAAGCAGUCGUGACUGGGAAAGACUGUCCACACAUGAAGGAGAAGGGGGCCCUCAAACAGAACAAGGAAGUUCUGGAACUGGCUUUCUCGGUCUUGUAUGACUCAGAUGAAUAUUUGAACUUCAUCGCACCCGAUAAGCAUGAGUACUGCAUGUGGACAGACGGCUUGAACGCUCUGCUGGGGAAGGAGAUGACCAGUGAUUUCACCAAGACUGACCUGGACACUCUGCUAAGCAUGGAGAUGAAGCUCCGCCUCCUCGACCUCGAGAACAUCCAGAUUCCUGAGGCUCCGCCCCCCAUUCCCAAAGAGCCGAGCAACUAUGACUUUGUUUACGACUGCAACUAGCUACCAACUGGACCAAUCAUUUCUUACCUGUACUGGAAAAGAACCUUUUAAAAUGACUUGUAAGGAAAAAGAACAGAAAUGGGUCAGUCUUCUUUUUUUGCCACAAUUGCUAAAAUUACUUUUUUAAAGGUGUAUUUUAAUGUAUUAGCACUUAACAACUUUACAGUGAGGCCUUCUGAAGUUGUUACACCACCAGUGAGGCCAUGAUGGCCAGUCCUUGAAGAGGCCA